AUGAUUAAACAAAUAAUUCUCAUAUUAUUAGUUGUUUUUGUUAUUCAAGCAAGACAUCAACACUUAAGACAUACCAAACAUUAAUUGGGUCAUAAUUUAUCUAUGAAACCAGGUAUAAUUUUAUAUAACUUAAAGGUGAAUCAUGUUUACCUAACACUGAUUUGGGUGGAUAGAAAAAAGAGGAAACAUCUGCUAAUCAAGCAAGAAAACAUUUAUCAGUAAUUAGAACUCUUAUAUCUCUUAGAAAUUUGCCGAUCAUUUGACAGAAGAGAAUAGAAAAGCUGAGGAUAAAUAACCAUACCCAAACAUUUAUACAUAUUAAGAUUAAAAUUGUGUUGGAAACGGAUAGGAUCCAUCAAAAAGAGAUAGAAGAAUGAGAAGAAGUUGAAA